AAAUAUUUUGCCUGGCCGGAAAUAGAUAGCCGGAUGUCCCUACGAGUCGCGCGAUAUUAGCACAAACGAGACUUCGGAACAUUCUUUUCACCGGAACAUCAGGCAAAAUGGCGGAUGUCGAGAUCAAGAAGAAGCGUACCUUCAGGAAGUUCACCUACAGAGGUGUGGACCUGGACCAGCUUCUGGACAUGUCCUAUGAACAGCUGAUGCAGCUGUAUUGCGCCCGCCAGAGGAGGAGACUUAACCGUGGCCUUCGCCGCAAGCAGCAGUCCCUCCUGAAGCGCCUGCGUAAGGCCAAGAAGGAGGCUCCCCCCAUGGAGAAGCCCGAGGUGGUGAAGACUCACCUUAGGGACAUGGUCAUCCUGCCUGAGAUGGUUGGCUCCAUGGUCGGAGUGUACAACGGAAAGACCUUCAACCAGGUUGAAAUCAAGCCUGAGAUGUGCGGCCACUACCUGGGGGAGUUCUCAAUCACCUACAAACCAGUCAAGCACGGUCGCCCCGGUAUCGGAGCUACACAUUCUUCCCGUUUCAUCCCACUGAAAUAGAAGGGCUGCUGUCUUUGUAUAAAUAAAAAUGAGGUCCCCACAC